GGAUCUACAAUAUUCAUUUAAGUCUUCUUUUUUUUUUUUUGGUUUUUCAUUAAAGUCUAUUCAAUCAUGGAAACCGGUUUAAACAUCUUAAAGCUAUCGCUAUGCCUCAGCCUAGCCGUGGUUGGAUCAUAUGCUCAAGCUCCCGUACCAUUUAAUGGGUUUCGUCCUGGAACAUGUGACCACUACGAGUGCCCCACCUAUAAAUUGGUAGAGGCCGGAUACGGCUUUGAGAUCCGAAUGUAUGACGCUGCGCUAUGGAUUUCUACUAGUCCUAUCCCCGCCCCAUCCAUGACUCAAGCCACCAAAACCGGUUUCCGACGAUUAUUUAGUUACAUACAAGGAGAUAACAAGAGCAAAGUGAAGAUGAACAUGACAGCUCCGGUGAUCACACAAGCAACGCCGGGAAAAUCAGUCUACACGAUCUCCUUCUACCUCCCGAAGAAGAACCAACAGAGCCCACCUCCGGCCGAUGAUCUCCACGUGCAGUCAUGGAAACCAACCUACGUAGCCGUGAGGCAGAUCGGUGGGUACGUGUCGGACGAUGUAGCCAAGAAAGAAGCUGCGGCUCUGAUGGAAAGCCUCCAGAGUUCUGACUGGAUUUUACCCGUCGAGAAGAGCAGAGGAAAGUCGCCGGCGUAUAUAGUCGCUGAUUAUAACCCGCCGUCUCAGACCACGGCUAGGGUUAAUGAGAUCAUGGUCCCAUUUAACAUGUAAUCAUGUUAAUUAAUUACGCCCUCACGAUUUGAUUGUUACGUUGCAAUUGGAUUAGAAGAGGUGGUUUAGAACCGAGACUGUAACAGCAGCUUCUGGUUUAACCGUAUAAAUUGUAUCUCUGGUUAUUAAUAUUGUUAUUUGUUUUAUCUA